GACAUCCGGUGACUCCAUACACGUUGUCUCUAGUUCUCGAGGGAAUAGAGAUCGUUGCAGCGUUUCUUUCUUUUCUGAACAGGCGCAGUCCGAGAGAACUCGCAAAAGGAGUAAAAGGCUCCUACGUAACCUGUCACUACCAAUAUAUUGUAUGAGUCAGAAGGUAGAAAAACCAGUAUUAUCGGGUCAACGGAUCAAGACCAGAAAAAGAGAUGAGAAAGAGAAAUACGACCCUAACGGGUUCCGCGACGCGCUGGUGCAAGGGCUGGAGCGCGCCGGCGGCGAUCUGGAGGCGGCCUACAAGUUCCUAGACGCCGCCGGCUCCAAGCUCGACUACCGCCGCUAUGGGGAGGUCAUCUUUGACGUGCUCAUCGCCGGCGGCCUGCUGCUCCCCGGCGGGUCGGUGUCGAUGGACGGCGAGACCCCGAAGACUAACACGUGCAUCUUCUCUGCCAGCGAGGACAUGGAAACCAUGCGCAACUUCGAACAGGUCUUUGUCAAGCUCAUGCGUCGGUACAAGUAUUUGGAAAAAAUGUUUGAAGAAGAAAUGAAAAAGGUCCUUGUUUAUUUGAAAGGCUUUGAACCUCAACAGCGCAUCAAACUGGCUCGUAUGACUGCACUAUGGAUUGGUAAUGGCUGCGUGCCGCCGUCGGUGCUGCUGGUGCUGGUGAACGAGCACCUGCUGAAGGAUAACCUGGCGCUGGAGUUUGUGCUGGAGGUGUUCUCUACUGUGAAACAGGAGCGCGGCGUCGCCUCACUCGUCACCGCACUCAAGAAGGGACAGCUUGAGGGCAGGUUGUUAGAGUUCCUGCCGCUGAACCGUCGCAGUGAGGAAGUGCUGGCGUCGUCUUUCGCGUCGCGUGGUCUCGCUGAACUGCUGCGGCUGCAUCGUGCUCAGGCCUCGCAGGAGGCUCGUCGUGAGCUGACAGCGGCGCUGCUGGACGAGCUGGCGGAGGACAAGCCGAUACGAGACCUCAUACAGGAGCUGCGUGAUAUGGCACAAAAACAUGCCAUACCUGACCAUGAGAUCGUCGCCAUUAUCUGGCAGUGUGUGAUGUCCCGAGGAGAGUGGAACAAGAAGGAGGAGCUGUUGGCGGAGCAGGCUGCCAAACAUUUGCGUCACUACACGCCGCUGCUCGCUGCCUUUGCGCACUCCGCUAAGGCAGAGAUUGCUUUAUUGACCAAGGUGCAAGAAUAUUGCUACGAGAACAUGAGCUUUAUGCGCGCGUUCAGCAAGCUGGUGCUGAUGCUGUACAAGACGAAUGUGCUGUCGGAGGAGGUGAUCCUCAAGUGGUACCGUGAGCCCAACUCCACCAAGGGCAAGGUCAUGUUCCUCGACCAGAUGAAGAAGUUUGUCGAGUGGCUGCAGAGCGCAGAAGAGGAGUCUGAAAGUGGUGAAGACGAAGAUUAGAUUAAGAGCAGCGUGAGACUGAACCCUACACAAACAAGCGCGCCGUCCCCACUCCGCAUACCACUAACAGACAAACAGACAGACAAACAGCGGGCGGCGCCCCGCAACCCCACCCCGCGCCCUCACGCCCCCACACCCCCACA